AUGAGCUUGUGCUUCGCUCUGAACCAUGGGGUAGUCACCACUCCGCUUGCAGUGGCAACAACGUUGCUGCCGCUGGAGACGGCCAACUUCGGAAACGGGCUCUUGUAUGCAGUCACACUUUUGUCAUCCCUUUUCCUCGGUGCUCCCACUGUCAGCAAGCUGGGUGCCAAGGGCGGCCUGGUUUUUGGAAUGUUUUUUUACUGCGUGUAUAUUGGCUUCUUCGCGCUGGCCUUGUCGAGCGGAGAUAGCACUCAACUGUUCUUUACCAUUGGAUCAGCUUGCGGAGGACUGGCUGCAGGCGUACUAUGGACAGCACAGGGCGCAUAUUUUGGAAGCUCUGCAACUCAGCUCUCCAACAGCACGGGUCAAACUCGAGAGGAGGCCACUGCGGAGCUGUCCAGCCAAUUUGCGUUCUAUUAUUUGUUGCUGGAGGUGUUCAGCAAGAUUGGCUUUUCAGGCUUUCAGGCAUUGGACAUGCAGGUCUCGCAGAUCGGCUUCAUUUACUUUGCGGCUGGUUUGCUGUCGUUGAUUGGCAUGACCCAAGUCUAUGAAUUUCGCUCGGAAUCAGAAACUCCGGAUCCGUUGAGCAAGGCGCUUGCAGCUGUCUCUCUCUGGUCCGAUCCAGCACUUUGGCUGUUGGCCCCGACCAACCUUACGUUCGGAUUUUGCGCGGCCUACAUGAAUGGAUUUGUCAACGCAAAGUAUGCCGCACAGGAACUGGGGUCAGAAUACGUGGCUUUUCUGGGAGCUGUGACAGCACUGACCGCAGCUGUCCUUGCAAAGGCAUAUGGUCCUCUGGCGGCUCAGAUGGGCAAAGGUCCCAUCAUCGUCACGGGGGCAGCUUGUGCUUUUGCAAUUCCAGCCCUGACGUGGCAGGGAUGCGCUGGUUGGGGCUGGCUUCUCCUGUCUUUGUACCUACUGCAGGGUUCCUUCCGGGCAGUGUAUGAAUCAACCAACAGAGCCACGUUCUCGGACUUCUUCCCGGGUGCCAAGUCAGAGGGGGCAUUUGCCAACUGCAUGUUGCAGUCCUCCUUGGGCUUUGCAACAUGCUUCUUUCUGCAAAACUCCUUCAGCGCAACGCAGUUGUCCACAAUUGUGCUUGUUCUGGCCCUGUCAACACCUCUUGGUUACUUCCUUGCAACCAGCUUGAGGUCUAAGGAGUCGAAGGCCCAAUAG